UCCCUGUAGUCUGCCCCGCACACCCUCCUUCGCUUCUUACUCUACCCCGCACUCUCUCUCCUGUCCUCUUUUCCCAUUCACCUGCCAUUCCUGAUUGAACAAUGAGCGAACGCACUGUGCUCAUUCCUGAACUGGCCGAGCUCAUCGCAAUCGACCUCACGCCUCCUGACCUCGCAGCCUGUGUCCGUGUCGACCGAACCUGGUUCAGUACCUUCAUUCCUCAGCUCUAUCGACACAUCUGUGUCUUCGACUUUGACUUCCACAGCCACGAGAACCAAACCAACCGAAAAUCCCGUUUCGAAAAAUGGCUUCAGUUUUGGUUCCCAAAGAAACUCGGCGGAAGCCAGGUCUACAAGUACGCACACCACAUCAGGACUAUCUCCACCGCCAAUGUCCAUUCCCUCCAGUACCUGGGCGAUACCUGCACCAACCUGACGCAUGCGACCGUCGAGGAGUUCCUCUCAAAGAGGACUGAAUGUCGGGCAUGUCCAUUCUUUGAUAGAGAGAUCCGUUACUGGGAAGACUACUUCCGCAAGACGACCCUUCUUUGGACCGUCGACAUCUGGGAGGCUCUCAUCCAGAGAAACCCUCGUCUGGUCUAUGUCAGUAUGGAUCUAUACCAGAUCAAGGAUGGUCUUCACAGGAUUGCCGAGGCCUUGGGCAACCUCGAUCAUCUACGAGAGACCUUUCUACGCUGGCCCCAAGCAAAAAAUACUAUCCAGCUCUUCCUUGACCAGUGCCCCUCUAUCCAUACAUUUACCAAUUUGCAUGCAUGCAAAAGAACCACUUCACAGCCUAUUUUCGACUUUGCUAAUAACUCGAGUUCUAUCCCAGCCUGAGAAAGAUGGUGCAGAAUUUCCAUUUAUGGUAAUGUGCUUGCCUGCUGCCUGCACGUGAUGGCGUCCUCAGGCUGGUUACAUUUCUUGCAGUGGAAUCAUCUACAGUCCUUUUUGUGAAAUAGCCGAACUUUCAUAGUAAAAGUUGGGCUAUUUCGACUGAAUUGAAAUACAUACACGAGGCUAUUCAUUU